CUUGACAUUUGGCGGUGCUUGACCAGACUUGUUUGUGUACGAGGGAAUUGUUGAUCUUUUUUUUUUUUUUUUUCAAAUUGGGAAAGAAACAUCAUACAUAUUUUACUGUUUCUUACGCAUUUUUGAACUUACUUUUAUUUCAUCAAAAGAUGGAAGGAGAUGAGUGUGGUUUUGCCCCGGAGUCAUCAGAUGGUCAUUCGCAAAGAGGAAGCGUUGCCUCCUCCGUCACCCGCGCCCAAGAUGUUCUAGUCUACUUAGUGGGCGACAGUGCGGUUCACCUGUGUGUGGAGGGAGUUGGCUGUGUGAGUGUACACGAGCUGGGUCGCAGUGUCCGCGAGGCUCUCCACAUUCCAGACUCUAUCCAGGACGUCUUUGCCUUCUGGCUCUGCUCCCCCCUGCUCGAACUGCAGUUGAAACCGAAGCACCAGCCCUACAAACUGUGCCGGCAGUGGCAGGACCUUCUGUACCGCUUCACCGAGGCGUCGCAGGAGGACAUAUCUGAGGAUGAACCCUGUUUGCAGUACAGAAGAAAUGUGUUUUAUCCCAAGUCUAAAGAACUACAGAUUGAAGAUGAGGGGGUGCUGAGGCUGCUGUACGACGAGGCGCGGGGGAACAUCCUGCUGGGGCGCUACCCCUGCGACCCCGGCCACUGGACCAGCCUGGGAGCCCUGUCUCUGGCCCUGGAGGAGGGCCCCGGCCUGGACAACCAGAAAGCCGCCGCCGUUGUCAGGGAGAAGAAGCUGUCGUCCUUUCUGCCCGUGCACGUGGCGGGCGCGGGCGGGGGCCUCUUCUCCUCCCUCUGGGGGAAAGGCAGCCGGCAUGCUGAGCUGGAGAAGAAGCUGCUGGAGGAGUACCAGAGGAUACGAGGCUCGGCAGGGAGCCCCCCUGAACCCACGCAGCACCUGCGCCAGUACCUCAGCACCUGCCACUCUCUGCCUUACUACGGGUGUGCUUUCUUUGCUGGGGAGAUUGACAAACCUGUUCAGGGACUCCUGCAGAGGUCCGGACGCAAAGCAGUGAACGUGGGGAUCAGCCUGGAGGGCGUGUAUGUGAUCGACCUGAAGGAGAAGCAUGUGCUUCUGGGCCUUCGCUUCAGUGAGCUGUCCUGGGACCACAGCUACCCCGAGGGGGAGGGAGACUCCCACAUCCUGUGGCUGGAGUUUGACGGGGAGGACGCAGGCGUUCCAGUCAACAAGUUACUGAAGAUCUACUCCAAACAGGCGGAGCUGAUGAGCGGUCUGAUCGAGUUCUGUGUGGAGCUGCGCUCAACGUCCGAGGCUGCCGCCGCCGUGUCGGAGGAGGAUGGCGUGGCACCGUCGCCCCAGACGGAGGAGCGGGGGGGCCGGGGGGGAGGCGACGGGGGCCUGGGGGCCAGGCGGGGGAAGCUGCGCAGGCAGAGCAGUGUGGUGUGCAGCAGGGUGAACUCUCUCAGCACCAUCGACUAUGUGGACAACGGUAAGGAAAUUAAGCGUGUCAAGCCAAAGAGAGCUGCUUCCUUCUUCACCAGGCAGGCCCAGGCCCCCUCAUACUCUGCUGUGGAGGUGUCAGAGAGUCUGGAGCAGGGCUGAGUGCUGGGGCUGAGGCUGAGGCUAGGGCUGGGGCUGGACCUGGUCCUCACUCUGUCUGGAGACCUUGAAGCCUUGACAUGCAGGGACAUGUGGGACAAAUCAAAGAUGUCCUAUGUUUUUAAGGUAAUCACAAUCAGUAGAUCUAACAUGAGCACGUAGGAAACACUUGGUUUCUCCCACAGCUGAGAUGGAAGGAGCUUAAGAGUUGAACUCCUGAUAUCAUGCAAAUGGACCAAUUGAGGGACAAAAGUGUGAAUACAUAUUUAUGCAGAAGUGUGUGUGUGUGUAUAAAAUGUAAUAUGAGAAUAUUGGGAUAAUCGGCGCCAAUACCUACAGAAAGGGUGGGAUUGGUGAUUGCACGUAAUUUACCCCCAAAGAGAGGGAUUCCGUGAGUAGUUCAAACAUAUCCCCUCUAUCACGUAUGCAAAACAUGUAGAAACCAAACAUGAAUAUGGGGAGAAUAUUAUGGAAUGGCUGGACAAAUCAUGAUUGUGCAACUUUUGUAAAGACCUGCUGUUGCAACUUUACUCUAGAUCUGUGGUUCUUAACCCUGUCCUCAGGGAACCCCUGUCCUGCAUGUUUUAGAUGUUUCUUGGCUCCAACACACCUGAUUCAAAUGCAUGUUCGUUACCCGGCUUCUACAGAGCUAGAUAACGACCCAUUUAUUUGAAUCAGGUGUGUUGGUGCUGGGAAACAUCUAAAACAUGCAGGAUAGGGGUGCCCUGAGGACAAGGUUAAGAAACACUGCUCUAGAUACAAACUAGUUAGUCAGUUAAGUUGUUUGGUUUUGAUAGUUUUUGCAUGUCUGUUUCUGAGCAGGUAGCUUCCCUGUUCUAGCAUAUUGCACAUUUUAUUAGUGGAGCUUGUUAAUGAAAACUCAACGAGUAUGUUUACUUACACAACAGGUGCUCUCUCUCUCUCUCUCGAGUUUGGUUCAAUCAGAAGGAGAAUUUCAGUCACUCAAUACAACAUCUCUAAUGUAAAUAUAAGUUUACAAACUGAAGAAUGUGGUCUUUUAUAACAUUAAUUUGAAUUUUUCAACUAACAGCUGCAAAAAACAUGGUCUUGAAUUAUGUUAUUUUGUAUGUUUCGUUGAUAGAAACCCAUAAAAUUUAUAGGUUCACUUUCUGUAUGAUCCCAUCUUUCAGUAUUUUAGACUGCACUAUUGAUACAUUUGAAUACUGUGUACAUUUCUAUUUCUAAGUCUUUGUAUCAUUUUGAUGUGGUCUCACGUUCACAUUUUUUGCCUCAUGUUCACUUACAUAUGAAGCAAUAGGUAAUGUAAAUCCUUAUCCUUUCCAGUUUGCAGUGUUUGGAUAGCAAGACCAAGUGCCUUUUUUAUUUGUAUUAACGCUAAGUUGGCAUCUAGGAGAUUGUAAUGAGCUUGUCCAGCUGUCUCUCUGGGUAAAACGAUGUAUCACUUUGGCCUUCAGUGUUUUUGUCAUUAAGUUUUAUUUUCUCUUGUUCUGUGUAUAUCGAGACUGUGAUUUCACUGUUUAUCUUUCCUUUGUAAUUACACUAUAUGCACUACCAUAUUUAACCAGUGUCUUGUCCAACCCACGAUAACGAAUUCUAACACACCUUUCUACUAAUCUUUCUGAAACACUGUGGUUGAAUUAAAUAGUUAAAAAGACGGUUUUGUUUGUUAUGUUAUACAUUUUCCUGUAAUUUUAAGUAAACAUUUUUGAACAAUAAAAAGUCAGUGGAA